AUGCAUUGCGCCGGCGCACAGUCUCUAAGUAAUCUAGCCAUGUGGAGGACGGUUGCUUUAUUAACGUUCGCGGUGUGCGCCGCCCUUCCCGCCCAAGACACUGGCCACACUGACAACGAUAUAGAGAGCUUUAGCGACUGCCUUAAAAAAGACUCAACAACAUGCCUCAAAUACAAAUUCUUCUCUUUCGUCGACAAAAUGAUUGGACAAAAGGAGACCUUUGCUCUAACGGACGGCGUGACGGUGGUUCGAGCCUCUGACGCGCCACCAGCCACGGGCGCCCCGAGAGCUCUCGAUCCUGUUUCCAGACUACAGAACUACUUCCAAACGCAUUCGCUACGCGUAGAGAUUAAAGGAUCGGAUGUCAUAGAUACAGUAUCUAGUGUGGGCAGAGCGUUAGAGGACACAGUGUCAUCGUUCGACGAUAAUGAUCUAUCGGAAGAAUCGCGAGGAAAGAAGAAGAAAGCGGCGAAGAUUCUAGGACCUCUUAUCGCUGCUGUUGUGCUGAAGAUGAUGGCGCUGCUACCAUUAGCGAUCGGUGCCAUCGCUUUGAUAGCCGGAAAAGCGUUGCUCAUUGGAAAAUUGGCGCUCGUCCUAUCAGCGAUUAUCGGUUUGAAAAAGCUUCUGUCCCAGCAGAAGCACGUGACUUACGAGGUGGUGGCUCAUCCUCAUCAUUCUGCGAGUCAUACAUCGAGCCACGAUUACGGUGGUGCUACUGGAUAUGGAGGUGACACGGCCGGCUAUAGCAGCGGUGCGAGUCACGGAAGCGGUUGGGGGCGUUCCCUCGACGCGCAAAACCUAGCGUACUCCGCGCAAAAGCCUUAG